AUGAUGAUGACUGGUGCCUUUAAAGAUUGGCAGAAUUUCCACCAGCAAGCCUUCGAGUCUGUCAUUCCAAUCCCAUCGUUUGCGCACUCUUUCAUAACUGACACAGUCGACAGCAACCUCAAUUCGGGAGGGUGGCUUGAGAUCCAGGAUAUUGACUUCCCCAUGAGGUGCGAAGACGGAACGAUACCGCCAGACUGCGAUCUCGGCAGGUGGAAUGAGCUGAUGAUGGAAGCCGGAAGGAGAUCUGGCUUUCUGCUGGAUACUUGCGGCAGGGCGGCGGAGAUGAUGACCAGCGUCGGCUUUGUCGACAUCGUACGCAUCCAUUUCAAGUGGCCAAUCAACCAGUGGCCGCGGGAUGUCAAGCACAAGACACUGGGGCUGUGGACCGAGGCCAACUUCAGCGUCGGACUCGAGUCCAUGACGUUGGCCCUGUUCACUCGCUUCAUGGGCUGGAGGAAAGAGGAAGUCUGGGAAUUUAGCGCGAGAGUUAUCGCAGAGUGGCGGGACAUCAGAAGGCAUGGGUAUUUUGACGUGUAUGUUACUUAUGGGAGAAAGCCAUAA